AAACAAAAAUCCUGUAUUAGUAGCUUUAUUAAAUUCUUAAUAGCAAUGGCUGCUUUUCAGACACUGCACAAAUCAAACAUCCAUGUUGGUAUGUCAACCCUGGAGCAAUUUCUAUUUCCCCAUCUGAUCUCUCCCAUAGAAGUGUUACAAGAAACAGUGUAAAAGCAUUAUGGUCUAGAGACUCUAAUGGCUAAGGCACCAGGCUAGAAAUCAGGAAAUUGUGAGUUCUAUUCCCACUUCAGGCUUGAAUGGUAGCUGGGUGACCUUGGGCCAAUCAAUCUCCCUCAGCCCAAUUCAUCUCCCAGAGUGGUUGUUAUGGGGAUAACAGGAAGAGGAAGACGUAUUAGAUAUGUUCACUGUUUUUUAGUUAUUUAUAAAAGUAAUAAAGGCAGGAUAAAUGUCUGGAGUUUCUCAGUCAUCCAGGUCAUGGUGCUUUUUCAAAAGGCAAGUGGACUUUGGUUUUUCUUUGAAGACAUUUUACUUCUCAUCCAAAAAGCUUCUUCAGCUCUGAGAAUCUCCUGCCUUUGGGACAAAAGACAGAUUUAAAAAAAUAAAAAUCAUAAAUAAAAAUCAAUGAUCUGAAAGUCUUAGACUUUCUGUGGGUAGUUCUCCUAUGUCUUCUGCAAAGUAACUCACCUAGAACCCACCUUGACGUACUUUCUGUGCAGGGCAGGCCCAUAGCUAACAUAAGAAUUUGAGGCAAGGGUGGGCGGUGAUAUUUAAAGAGUAUAAAAGAGCACCUGUAACUUCUGUUGCAGAAGCUGUUUCUAUUAAGGUGGAGAAUAUAUUGCGGUUAUCUAUUUGUAAUCUGUCCUUUAAUUAUUUUAUUAAUUAUUUUUUCAUUGCUGCUUCCUCUUAUAAGUUACUUCAGCCUUCAUGUCAAUUGUUCACUAUGUUUAGUGUUUGUUUCCAGUGAAAAUCUUAUUUUAUGUUAUUUGUUAACCUGAUUAAGAUUUGGGAGGGUUGGGGUUUUUCCAAGAUUUGAAACAUCUGGAAAGUUUUCCUUUUCGAAAAGGAAAUAAAUCUUAGGCAGGCAGCCACCCUAAUCAGGAACUAAACAGAUCUGAGGUGUGUCUCAAAUAUGCUUUUUCUAAUCGGUCUGUGUUUUUCCUGAGGGGGAAAAAAGUUGCCCUUUGAAGCACCUUUGAGACUACUAUGACCUGGAUGACUGAGAAUCUCUGCACACAUCUAAGGUGUGUGUGUUUGCCCUGGGGACAAGACCGUCCCAACCCCGCCCGCCAGUCCCCGCGUGAAAAAAACAAAAAACACGAAGGCGCAGCAGAAAGAGAUGCCACCGCGGGUCAAAGGCUUUUCUUCACGCCGACCUGCACGUCCGGACCGAUCCCCAGACAGCGGACUGGAGCGGUGAGCUCAGUACCUCGAGGAGGCCCUGAGGAGGGCAGGAUGGGGCUGGCAGAUCGGCGGACGGGGGUUCCCAGCAAGGCGAGGCCGAGCAAGGGACGAGGUUCUACUCCCAGCGGGCCCCACCCAGCGCAGGACGGGCAAAGCGGCGACGCCUCCGGUUGUAUGCGGGCUGCGCCGCACGUCCCCUGGAUUGGAAAGAUGACGCUCCGACAGGAGGAAGGCGGGAGGCGUGUCUGACCGGCGGAGCUGAAGAUCUCUAACCCAGGCUCGCUUUAAGCUGCGGCAGAGGCGACAUGUCGCUGGUGCUUUCUCGCCGCCUGUGCCGGGCGCUGCUGGUCCUCCUUCUCGCCCUGCUCUCCAGAGGCGCCUCCGCCGAACCCCCGUCGGCGGAGCAGCGCUGCUUUUGUCAGGUCACCGGUCAUUUAGACGACUGCACUUGUGAUGUUGAGACUAUUGAUAACUUCAACAAUUAUAACCUUUUCCCCCAGUUACAAGAACUUCUGCAAAGUGAUUAUUUCAGAUAUUACAAGGUUAACCUAAAGAAGCCUUGUCCUUUCUGGAGUGAUGGCAGUCACUGUGGAAUUAGGCACUGUGCUGUUAAUCCGUGCUCAUCUGAAGAGGUUCCUUGUGGAAUUAGAUCAGAGACUAAUAAGUAUUCAGAAGCAGCUGCUGCCACUCCCUUGGCUGAAAGCUGUGAAAAAGCAGAAAACCUUGGGGCUGUUGACAAAUCUUUGAGUGAAGAAACUGCACGGGCUAUGAUUCAAUGGACUCAGCAUGACGAUUCUUCAGAAAACUUUUGUGAAGCUGAUGAUAUCCAUUCCCCUGAAGCGGAGUAUGUAGAUUUGCUUCUGAAUCCAGAACGUUACACUGGCUACAAAGGCCCUGAAGCCUGGAAGAUUUGGAACAGUAUUUAUGAAGAAAACUGUUUUAAGCCUCGCUCUGUAAAAAGGCCUUUAAAUCCACUGGCUUCUGGCAGAGGAGCAAGAGAAAACGAAGGGAAUAUGUUUUACAGCUGGUUGCAAGAUCUCUGUGUGGAGAAAAGAGCUUUCUACAAACUUAUUUCUGGUCUUCAUGCAAGCAUCAACAUUCAUCUCAGUGCUAGAUACCUUUUGCAAGACACGUGGGCAGAGAAGAGAUGGGGGCACAAUGUUACAGAGUUCCAGCUGCGUUUUGAUGAGGUCUUGACACAAGGCGAAGGUCCCAGGAGGCUGAAGAACCUGUAUUUCAUCUAUCUCAUUGAGUUACGGGCCCUCUCAAAAAUCGUGCCCUUUUUUGAACACCCUGAUUUCCAGCUUUUCACAGGGGACGAGGAUCAGGAUAUAAAAACCAAGAACCACCUCCUGGAAAUUCUUCAUUUAAUUAAAUCUUUUCCUUUGCACUUUGAUGAAAAUUCACUUUUUGCUGGAAACCAAAAGGAAGCUGCCAAGUUAAAGGAAGAAUUUCGGUUCCAUUUUAAGAACAUUUCAAGGAUCAUGGAUUGUGUAGAGUGCCUGAAAUGCCGCCUUUGGGGGAAGCUGCAAACUCAGGGCUUGGGAACAGCGCUGAAGAUCCUGUUUUCUGAAAAACUGAUAGAAAAUAUAUCAGAAAAAGGUCCUUCACAUGAAUUUCAUCUAACAAGGCAGGAGAUUGUGUCGCUCUUCAAUGCUUUUGGGAGGAUUUCAACAAGCGUUAAAGAAUUAGAAAACUUCAAGGAGCUCUUACGCCCUCUUCAGUGAAUUGACCCUGAUGGAGACCAACUUUCUUGUUUUAUGCAGAUUGGGCUCAAAGUGAUUUCUGCUGGCUAUGUGCCAGCAUGAUCCCAUUCUUGGCAAGAAGGGCUAAGUCAACAUGAAAAUUGGUCACAUUCUCUAGCUUACAAGUUUAUAUUUGGCUCUGAGGUAGCUGAAAUAUUCAUGAAAGACUCUUCUUCCAGAGCAGGAUAUACAUAUUGGCCUUAUGCAUUCUACUUUUUUUUAAACACACACACACAAACACACAUAUAUAUCAUGAGGGUGGGAGAAAUGUAUCCUUCCUGGUAAUUGCUGAACUACAACUUCUGGCAGCCUUUAUCAGCAUGACCAUUAGUGAGAGACGCUAGGAAUUGUACUUUACCCAAUAUGUGAAGAACUUCAGGUUCCUUGCCCCUUGUUUGCAAGGUUUCUUCCAGCCUGAAGGAUCUUAUCUACUACUAAUAAAAAGGCACAGUGCAGCUAUUCUAUAUAUUUUUCUAUUUGUGGAAGGAAAAGGCUGGUUGAAAAAAACCAUGGUUACAAAGGAGGCAUGAUGAGAUCACCUGGAUUCCCUGCAAAGCAACUGCAUGAUAAAAUGCCUCAUUUAGACACAUGAUUUAGAAUAUCUUCAUCUUACAUAACAGUGUCUCUUAACAAAAAUUGCUUUCUGCUUCAGUGUCCUUAAAUAAUCCUGUGUAAGAUGCCCAAAACAACCUAAUCUCACAUAUUAGAGUGAAAUCCCAAUGAGCGAUAUAUUUACAGGAGCCAUUCGAGGCAGGUCCACUUGCCUGUUCAACAUAGGAAUUUAAAUUAAAGCAUUUAGAGCAAGAUGGCUCUCUCCUCUCACAGGGUUUGUGUCAGUGGUGGGAUUCAAAUUUUUUACCUACCGGUUCUGUGGGCGUGGCUUGGUGAGCGUGGCAGGGGAAGGAUACUGUAAAAUCUCCAGUCAGAGGUGGUAUUUGCCGGUUCUCUGAACCACUCAAAAUUUCUGCUACCGGUUCUCCAGAACUGGUUUGUGUGUCAUUUUUUGAAGCUGGUUGGAAGUGGAACUCCAGACUUAAUAUUUCCAGUCAGUUCCUGUUUAUCACUGAGUUGUAUGAGAUGGGUCUAUGACAAUUUGCUGCAGCCAACUGGCCACAGUCAACUCGCCACGGCCAACUUGUCACAACCAACUGACCACGGGACAACUCGCCACAGCCAGCUCACUGCAGGACAACUCAUUGCAGGACAAUAGUUACACUAAUAUCAAAGAAAUAGUGGAAUAGAAUCAUUAAAGAAAGGAUGCAACAGGAGGAACCAAAUGAAAUGUGAACAACAAAAAAUUAAAAUAUUUUUUAAAUAAUUCAAUUGAAUUGCUAAAUUGUCCCACAGUGAGUUGUCCUGUGGCAAGUUGGCUGUGGUGAGUUGUCCCAUGGUGAGCUGGCCAUGGUGAGUUGUCUCAUUCCAGUAUGAGAUUCCCUCUUUAUUCUCCAAAGCUCUGAGUCCAAAGCAACUGGUCUCUAUCCAGACACUCUCCAGAGAUCCCAUUGUAGAUCUCUUCAUUCCUAGCUGAAAUAGCUAUUAGCUGUGUUGGCUGGGAGUGAUGGAAUUGAGACUACAUUACUGUGAUUUUGGUACAAUAAUUUUUCAUCAUCUGGUGCCCACUAGAUGGUUUAGAGCUAUGCCGCAGAAGAACUUCAACAACCAGUUGAAACAGAGCUGUUUUUUCCUGGGACUGCCUGGCUCUCUCUACCGCUGCUGGGUGAUUGUAGAAAAAUUCAGGUUUGGUUUCAGGAGUUGCAGAAAAAUGAUUAAUGAGUCCCUCCCCUUCUCCCCCCAAAUUCAGAAGCACCUUUACAACCCCCAGUAGGAUCCGAUAUUUUUCCUCUCACUCUUUUUAGUUGUCCAUUCCAUUGAGUGUGCUUACUCCACACACUCUUUUGGUGAUUAAAGCAAAGAUUAGAAGGUUCAAUUAAGGGUAUACCGAUCAUAAAACAAGAUACUUAAAACAAAUGUGGAAGUCAUAACACAAGGUUUUGAAUUUUAUAGCUGUUCUGUUCCAUUUUAUAGAGCUGCAGAUUAUGAACCUUUUGCAAGUUUUAAUAAUAGUAUCCUUCAGAACUUGGAGUAAAAUUACGCCUUCAUUUUCCCCUUUUAGCAUAAUCCACAGCAUUACCAGAGUAAACCAAGGAAGGUGCCAGGGGUGAAGAAAAUAAAUUUAUAUCUGUAUUAUGAACCCCUCUCAUCUUGCUUCUUAGUGGGUUUGGUGCAAUUUUGACACUAGAUUGUCACAUUUUACAUCCUGGUGUAAGAAGUUUCAGCAUCCCUUCUUCCGAAAAGUUUCAUGAAAAGAAUACUCCAUAUUUGCCAUGUUUGUUGUUUUGUGCCAGACUUCCCCAACUUGGAUGUGGUAUUCCCAGAAUUCUCAACAAGAAGUAGCUGCUUGGAGAAUUCUGGGAAUUGAAUCCAUGGGAAUUUGCCCUCCCACAUUGGGGAAAAAAAAUUCCUGUGCCAAGAUAAACUUUAUUUGCAUAACAUUGUGGGGAAGAGGGGGGAGUUGUAAUUAACCCAUAGGGAAUUUCUGCCACUGAGCUAGAUAGAUUUGUAACUUAUGUUUAUAAUAGCCUAGAGGAGAUAUUUUUUUUAUUGCCUGGAAAAUAAGAGCUACUCAGGGAACUACAGUUAUAAGAUCCCAUAUUUGGGCUUUCCAAUUCCCUACUGUUGCACAAGAGGGUCCUUCAGCAAAAACUGUAUGCUUCAAAUCAAGCAAGUCUUCUAUUUCAGUGAUCCUUCCAUUAGCUCUGAAACCUCAACAGGACAUAUGCUAUUGUAAGUUGUCCUAAGGCAGGGGUGUCAAACUUGAUUUCAUUGAGGGCCACAUCAGGGUUGUGUCUGACUUCAGGGGACCAGGGUGGGUGUCAAGGUCACCCCUGUCAGGGGCGCUUGUGGUGGCCCUAGUCCUCUGCCAGCAAAAACAGACUCCCAAGCUCCGUUUUUGGCUGGCACGGCCUCCUGCAACCCUCUGCCAGUGAAAACGGAGCUUGGGAGGGUCGCAAGUUUUGUUUUACUGCCAGAGGGUUUCAGGAGGCCGUAGCAGCCAAAAACGAAGCUCGGGAGCCCAUUUUUGCUGGCAGAAGCACUGCGGGCUGGUCCUUCACUGUUUCCAGGGCAGCUCCGCAGGCCAGAUCUAAGUAACCCGUGGGCCAGAUGCGGCCCCCGGGCCUUGAGUGUGACACCCCUGGCCUAAGCGGAAGAGCAGUCUUAAUUUAGGCCAGCCCUUGAGAUCACAAGCUGGUGAAAUGGGAACUGGGUAUUUCAAGCUUAAAGUGGAAAAAAAAAAUAAGCAAAGGCUUUUUGACCCUCACCACUGAAUGUAAUACUUUAGAGCUGCCUCUAUGUGUUUAGUUUCUUCAUAUUUGUUUAGUAAAAUGAUGCUUCUUUGAUUGCUGUCCUAUUUUCAAGGAAAGCACAGAGAUACUUUUGUCCUGUACUUGAAUUGCUCUUUACUGUGAAGAUUAAAGUAAGACUUCAAAAUAAGAUUAAAGACUACUAC